AUGUCGGCAGGCUUCAGUCUCUCAGCGCAGCUGGUCUCCCGGGCCGAUGCAAACAUUACUCGCGGCAAUUCCACCUAUCAAGAAUGGGAGGACUACCGCAACAGCUGCACGCUCGAGACUUGCCCACUGAGCCUAUCAUACUGGGCAUAUCGGCCGUCCCUGGCUGCGAACGGCAUUUUCCUCGGCAUCUUCUCUCUCUCCUUGGUGCUGUUCUUGUGCCAAGGUAUUCUGAGCAAACGUUUCCUGGGUUUCACGAUUGCCAUGGUGUCAGGCAACAUUCUGGAAGUCUUGGGCUAUGCUGGAAGGGUGAUGAGUUACUACAACCCAUUCAAAGAGGACGGUUUCCUGAUGCAAAUCGUAUGCCUCACCAUCGCGCCCGCCUUCAUGGCUGCGGGCAUCUACUUCUGCCUGUCGCGCAUCGUCAUGACCUUCGGCGCGGAGAACUCGCGCAUCAAGCCGCUCUCGUACCCACGCAUCUUCAUCCCGUGCGACGUCAUCUCCCUGCUGCUGCAAGCCGCCGGCGGAGGACUGGCGUCGGCGCAGUCGCACGCCAACAAGGACCCCAGCACCGGUAACAACAUCAUGAUCGCCGGGCUGGCCUUCCAGGUGGCCACGCUCUUCGUCUUCAUCAUUCUCGCGACGGAUUUCAGCUUCCGGACGUUCACACGCGUGCGCAGGCUGGGCAAGGAGGCGCUGGAUCAAAGGCAUGAGCAGCUGCGGAACAGCUGGGCGUUCAAGGGAUUCCUGGUGGCGCUGGCAUUCGCAACGCUCUGCAUCUUCACGAGAAGCGUGUACCGUGUGGCGGAGCUGAGCGAGGGUUGGGACGGUCACCUGAUCAAGACGCAGAAGUAUUUCAUCGGGCUGGAGGGUGCGGUGGUGGGCGCCGCCGUGCUGAGCUUGAACGCGUUCCAUCCGGGUCUCUGUUUCAGGGAGGGCUACCAGGAACGGAAGGGGCUGGGAUUCGGAAAAAGCAAGCAGCCGUCGACGGAUCCAUUAACCGCUUUUGCUGAGAUUCCCGAAGAUCGCCAACAGAGGCGGGACCUGGCAAGACGCGAGGCCCAAGAGGCUGUUGUCUUUGCGGCGGCUGGUUGGAAGGACCACUUCGGCUCCAGACACAAGCCCCUUCGUUUACGCCCAGGCGACAGAGUCUUUGUGUGCCUCCACCAGACUGUGGAAAUCGCUAUGCGAUAUCAUGCCACAACCAAUCCCGAUACCGAAUGGACGCAAUUGCUGCCUCUGCUCCAGGCGAAUCUUAACAACGCGGUCAAUGCGACCACCGGCUUCUCGCCGAAUCAACUCCUGAUGGGGUUUAACGCCAGAACGGAUCCGCUCUCGAUGCUCGCGGAAGUCCCCGAUGACAGACAGGCUAUCCGGGAUGCCGCAAGGCAGGAGACCCAAGAGGCUGUUGCAUUCGCAAGCAUCAGCUGGAAGGCCCGCUAUGACGGUAAACACAAGCCCCUCCGCCUUAGAAUCGGCGACAAGGUCUUCGUAAAGCUCCAUCAUGGAUACAAAACCCCUCGGACACGCAAACCGGAAGUGUUCGUUUCAGAGGAUUGGGCCUUUCCCGAUCAAAGCAAAGGUCGGCAGUCUCGCCUAUGA